CGCGACCCCGCCUCCAACCCCUCUUAGCCGAGCUUGGGAAAGCGCCGCCUUCUUUUCCUCUUCCGCCGCUUUCGGGUUUGCGCUCGGUCCCUCGGCUGCCGACAUGCAGAACGACGCCGGUGAGUUCGUGGAUCUGUACGUGCCGCGGAAAUGCUCGGCGAGCAACCGAAUCAUCGGGGCCAAGGAUCACGCGUCCAUUCAGAUGAACGUGGCCGAGGUUGACAAGGUCACGGGCAGAUUCAAUGGCCAGUUUAAGACUUACGCAAUUUGUGGAGCAAUUCGUAGAAUGGGAGAAUCUGAUGACUCUAUUCUCCGACUGGCAAAAAAUGAUGGCAUUGUUUCAAAGAACUUCUAAUUGAAGAAAUCUUGUGGAAUGACUUAAUAAAUCCAAAAAAACAGAA